UGCUUCUUUACACUUCUUUCUAAAACUACUCUUGACCUUUUACAUCAGAUCUGGCGGGUCCUUAACUAUUUUUUUUCAUAGAAAAGCUGAUUGAGAUUGAUAAGAAAUUUAACUAAAGAAAUAUGAAGAGAAAAAUUUACUGGCUUCUGUGUAUUGUUGUAGUGUGUGUCCUAACUUUUUUCAUGAAUGGCUCAUUAGCAGCAACACCUCCACCUCCAAACAGUAAGAAUUCUUCGGCUUCUUGUAAUAGAAGCUGUGGAGGUAUAUCGAUUCCGUUCCCAUUCGGAAUUGGCGGAAAGGAUUGUUAUCUCAACGGCUGGUACGAGGUUGUCUGCAACACCUCCACUUCUGAGUCGUCUAGCACAACUGUCCCGUUCCUCUCUAUGAUCAACCGGGAGGUGAUGAACAUCUCUCUUCCAGAUUAUCAACCAUACGGAGUUGUUCACAUCAAAGGCCUUGUGACUUCGUUGGGAUGUUCAAGUAAUACUAGUCAAGGACCCCAAAAGUCUCUACCGGAUUUAAACGUCACAGGCAGGGGAAGCCCAUAUUUCCUAACAGACGAAAACUGCCUUGUGGCGGUUGGUUGCGGUACAAAGGCAUUGAUGACAGAUAUUGAAUCAGAGAUCUUGGGAUGUGAAUCGAGCUGCCAAGACAGCAAGAGUAGUCAGCACGUAUCAACCUCAACAUGUGACGGUUACAAUUGUUGCCAGGCGAGGAUACCGGUGGAGCGUCCGCAAGUGAUAGGUGUCAAUAUAAAUGCCACAGGAGGAGAAGGGUGCAAGGUUGCUUUCUAGUCUAGCAAGAGGUAUUCUCCGUCAAAAGUUACUGUACCAGAACAGUUCCAUGCUCGUGGCUACGCGGUGGUAGAGCUAGGUUGGUACUUCGAUACUUCGGAUUCACGCUUUAGAACCCCCUCCGGCUGCAUAAAUUUAACCUAUCACAGAUCUUACUCGUCCUGUGAUAGUUGCCUUUGUGAGUAUGGUUACUUUUCCGAGAUGAGUUAUAGGAACUGCUAUUGCUCCCUUGGCUUCACAGGGAAUCCAUACCUUCGAGGGGGUUGCAUAGACAAUGAUGAUUGCAAAGAACCCAAUAUUUGUAAAGAAGGAACUUGUGUAAACAUACCGGGAGGCUACAAAUGCGAGCCAGAGUCCGAGAUAAUCAAGCCGGCUAAAUCCCUUGUGCUACAAGGGGUUCUUAUAGGUCUGUUGGGGCUAUUGUUUUUAGUUGUUGGGAUACUUGGGGCAGCCAUUCUUAUAAGAAAGCGAAGGUUGGUCAUCAGUAGCAGGAAGUUCUUCAGACGUAAUGGAGGCUUGCUAUUAAAACAACAACUAACUACUACAAAUGACGGUAACGUAGAGAUGUCGAGGAUAUUUAGCUCAGAGGAGUUGAAGAAAGCUACCGACAACUUUAGCGUGAAAAGGGUGCUUGGGAAAAGCAGUCAAGGAAUAGUGUAUAAGGGGAUGUUGGUUGAUGGCAUGAUCAUUGCGGUUAAAAGAUCCAAACUUGUCGAUGAAGAUCAGCUGGAAAAGUUCAUCAAUGAGAUCAUCCUUCUUUCACAGAUUAACCAUAGGAAUAUAGUGAAACUCUUGGGAUGCUGCCUGGAAACAGAGGUUCCAAUCUUGGUUUACGAAUAUGUUCCCAAUGGAGAUAUGUUCAAGCGCCUUCAUGAUGAAUCCGACGAUUAUGCGAUGACUUGGGAAGUGCGUCUUCGAAUAGCCAUAGAGAUCGCAGGAGCUCUUUCAUACAUGCACUCGGCUGCAUCAUUUCCAAUAUACCACAGAGACAUCAAGGCUACCAAUAUCCUAUUGGAUGAAAAAUACAGAGCUAAAGUUUCUGAUUUUGGAACUUCAAGAUCUGUAACCAUUGAUCAAACUCAUUUGACAACAUUGGUUGCAGGAACUUUUGGGUACAUGGAUCCGGAGUACUUCCUAUCAAGCCAAUAUACUGACAAGAGUGAUGUAUAUAGUUUCGGGGUUGUCCUAGUAGAGCUCAUAACAGGAGAAAAACCGUUGUCACUCAUCCGUUCUGAGGAAGGAAGGGGAUUGGCAACUCAUUUCCUUGAGGCCAUGAAAGAAAACAGAGUGAUUGAUAUCAUUGAUAUUCGGAUCAAAGAUGAAAGCAACCUUGACCAACUGAUGGCAGUGGCAAAACUGGCUCGAAAGUGUCUUAGCCGGAAAGGAAGUAAAAGACCAAACAUGAGAGAGGCUUCAACUGAGCUGGAGAGGAUCCAUUCCUUACCUCAAGAUUUGGAAGCAUAUUUUGAAAAUGAUGAUGAAGAGGACCACGCCAUGAAGAUCAACAGAGGAUGAUUCUGGAGGCAUGUACAAAAGUAGUCAAGACUUUAUGUUCAGUGAAUCCCUAAAGUUAGACGAACAUGGUGAUAAGAAAAUCAA